AUGCCUCAGACAGAAUCUCAUUAUGCAAUUGGUUUGAAGAUAUUGAAUCAACUCGUGUCAGAGAUGAAUCAGCCCAAUCCUGGAUUGCCAUCAGCACAGCAUCGUAGGGUGGCUUGCUCCUUCAGAGAUCAAUCGCUUCUUCAAGUAUUCCAAGUAUCCUUGACAUCAAUGGUCCAACUGAAAAAUGAUGUAACAAUUUCUAAGAAUGCGGCUAGCAGCAAACUACAUGAACUGGCGCUUGCUCUGUCCCUGAAAUGUUUAUCAUUCGACUUUAUGGGAACAACGGUUGAUGAAAGUUCGGAUGAUUUUAACACUAUUCAGAUCCCAUCUUCAUGGAAGCAAGUCCUGGAGGAUCAAUCGACGGUGCAGAUUUUUUUUGACUAUUAUGAAAUCAAUAAGCCUAACAUAUCGAAGGAGGCUUUAGAGUGUUUAGUCCGGCUGGCUUCAGUGAGGAGAUCUCUGUUUUCAAAUGACACUUCUAGAGUGAAAUACUUGGCACACCUGAUGACAGGAACCAAAGACAUUAUGCAAACUGGGAAAGGUCUGGCUUGUCAUGAUAAUUAUCAUGAGUUCUGUCGGCUUCUUGGACGUUUUAAAGUCAAUUAUCAGUUAUCUGAGCUUGUGAAUGUGGAAAGUUAUGGGGACUGGAUACGUCUGGUUGCUGAAUUUACUUUGCAAUCUUUGCAGUCUUGGCAGUGGGCUAGCAGCAGUGUUUACUACCUUCUUGGGCUGUGGUCUAGAUUGGUUUCGUCGGUUCCAUAUUUGAAGGGAGACACACCAAGCCUGCUUAGUGAUUUUGUGCCAGAGAUUGUCAAAAGUUUUAUCACAUCUCGAUUUGGUUCCUUUCAGGGUGAAGUUUCUGAUCUCUCAGAGAACCCCCUUGACAAUGUCGAACUUCUUCAAGAUCAGCUCGACUGCCUUCCUAAUCUUUGCAGAUUUCAGUAUGAGAGCUGUAGCUCAUACAUCAUGCAGAUUACUGAUCCUCUGCUUCAGAUGUAUAUGGAAUCUGCUGAGCCCCAGGUUCUAACAGUGGUGGAAACAAAAUUUGCUUGGAUAGUUCACAUUAUUGCAGCUAUUGUUAAGACUAAGCAGCUUAGUGGAUACAGUGGCGAAUGUCAAGAAAUCCAUGAUGCAGAACUUUCAGCACGUGUACUGCGGUUGAUAAAUGUUACUGAUAGUGGUUUAUGCAGUCAGAGAUAUGCAGAAACAAGCAAGCAACGCCUUGAUCUAGCUAUUCUUGUGUUCUUCCAGAACUUCAGAAAGUCAUAUGUCGGAGAUCAGGCAAUACAUUCAUCUAAGCAACUAUAUACCAAAUUGGCUGAGCUUCUUGGGCUCCAUGAUCAUCUGCUUAUUUUGAAUCUCAUUGUUGGGAAGAUAGCAACCAAUCUUAAGUUUUACAGAGCGAGUGAUGAAGUUAUCAAUCAAACAUUAAAUCUCAUGUUGGAAAUGGCGUCUGGAUAUAUGACUGCAAAACUUCUGGUAAAGUUGGAUACCACUCAAUUAAUAAUCUCCAAUGGGAAUAGGGAAGAAUUCCCCUUUUUAGGGGACUACAGGUGCUCUCGUAGUAGAACUACCUUCUACUAUAUUAUUGGCUUGUUGAUCUACAUGGAAGAUAGCUUUUUGAAAUUUAAAGCAUCAAUGGAUCCACUUCUGCAGGUCUUGCUCAGUUUGGAAUUGGUACCAGAUGGCUUGUUUCACACUGAUGAUGUUAAACAAGCAUUAAUUGGGUUGAUGAGGGAUCUUAGAGGAAUUGCAAUGGCUACAAGUAGCCGAAGGACAUACGGUUUUCUAUUUGAUUGGUUAUAUCCAGCACAUAUUCCUCUUCUUCUCAAGGCCAUAACAAUAUGGGCAGACACCCCAGAGGUGACAACACCAUUGCUUAAAUUCGUAGCUGAGUUUGUGCUGAACAAGUCCCAACGACUGAAUUUUGACACUUCAUCUCCCUGUGGCAUACUUCUUUUUCGAGAAGUCAGCAAAUUGAUUGUUGCAUAUGGAUCCAGAAUUCUCUCUCUGCCUAAUCAUGUUGAUAUGUAUCAGUUCAAAUAUAAGGGUGUUUGGAUUUCCUUGACUAUUCUUUCAAGAGCACUUGCUGGUAACUACGUCAAUUUUGGGGUGUUUGAGAUUUAUGGAGACAGAGCGCUUGCAGAUGCUUUUGACAUAGCUACGAGGAUGACACUAUCUAUUCCUUUGGUAGAUAUACUCUCGUACAAAAAGCUUUCAGGAGCUUACUUCACAUUUCUGGAGAUCAUGAUGAAAAACCAGAUCCAGUUGAUACUUAACUUGGACUCAAGUAGCUUUACAUUUAUUGCUGGAUCUCUCGAGUCUGGACUUAAAGUACUGGAUGAAAAUAUCAAAUCACAGUGUGCAUCUGCGGUGGACAACUUGGCUACAUUUUAUUUCGAACACAUAACAACUGGAGAGUCACCUACCACCCCUGUGGCGCUUAACCUGGCGCAGCAUUUAGCAGACUGUCCAAACACAUUUCUUGAAGUAAUGAUCAUGACAAUAUCACUAAUUUAAAGCAACAUCUCUUCUGGCAUUUCUAGACUAAACGCCUUGAUAGACAAAAAGUAUUUUCUAGGUAUUGAGGUUGCUUAGUUCGAUAUUGUUAUUUCACAAUGAAAGUAUGCCUUAGACAUUCUUGAGGAGACAU